CCCCUCUUCCUGCCAGGCUGCGGCGGGGAGAGUACAGACCUGGGAGCAAUGGAACCAUCAUGCUCCUAUCAUGGGGAAUUUAGGGGAUUAUAGACCUGAGGGACUUUGAACCAUCCAUAUCCAAGUCAUGGGCAUUCGGUUUUGUAAGGAUGGCAAUGUUUGUGAAAUCGUGAUAGAAGAUAUUGAGGAAACCACUUUGAGGAAAGAGGAAGAGGAAGAGAAAGUGGAAGAAAAAGUGGAAGAGAAAGAGGAAGAAAAAAAAGAGAAAAAGAAGAAAAAGAAAGAGACUCCACCCCCACCCCCACCCCCUCCACCUUCACCUCCACCUCCCCCACCCCCACCAGCAAAGAAGCAUCCUGACCGAGAGCAGAAAGCCAUAAAGAUCCAGGCGUGGUGGCGGGGCACCCUGGUGCGCAGGACCUUGCUGCACGCGGCCCUCAGAGCAUGUAUCAUUCAGCACUGGUGGAAGCUGAUGCUGACAAAGCUGCUGGAGAGGAGAAAGAGAGCAGCCCUCGAGUCCUUCUCUCGACGAGAAUGGGCAGUGGUCCAGCUGCAAUCCUUGGUCCGCAUGUGGCGCGUCCGCCAGCGCUACUGCCGUUUGCUCCACGCUGCCCGCAUCAUCCAGGUCUACUGGCGCUGGCAUAACUGCCAUUCCCGUGGCUUUUUCCAGGGUACCUACGACCUCACGGCAUCCCAUCUGGGUCUUGAACUUGAGAUUUUUUUGGGCUCACAGAUUUGUCGGAUUACAGACUGCAUCCCCUUCCCAAUAAAGAACUGAUCAGGUCU